AUGAACAUUGACCAGCCUCCUAUGCCCACUCCCUCACCCGGUGCACUACAAUCCACCGAUCCCUCUUCAGGACCAAAGCCACAGGCCUCCACUCCUCCUCCCACACAACAGGACAUUGAGGCCAACUUCCCGUCCCAAGAACCAAAGUUUGAAGAGUUCUCUGUUAGAAAAAACGCCCCUGGACCACCUCCUCCCCUUGUUCCGGCGGAACCCCUCCUCAAGAAUGAAAUCCAGCAGAUUACGGCCAAGGAAUUUGAACAAUCAAUUAAAGCGGCUGAACAUGCUACCGAAGGACUCCCCAACCUCAAGCUCCCUCGCAGUGUCAAAGACCUGGUUGAAUUGCUUGGCCGUACCCUCACCACCACCAAACGCAGUGAGUAA